AUGCCUUCCAUGCUUACCAACUCCCUUUUGGCUCUGGCCUCUGCCACUUCUGUCGCUGCUCACGGUUUCGUGAAGGGUGUUUCUAUCGAUGGGGUCUAUCAAACUGGCUGGCUCGUCGAUUAUGCCUACAACCCAAGCCCUCCCGAAUCAUUCGGUUGGUCUGAGACUGCUCUAGAUCUGGGCUUCGUCUCCCCAGCUGCUCUCGCCGAGCCUGAUAUCAUCUGCCACUUGGGCGCCAAGAACGGUGCCCUCUCAGCAAAAAUCGCUGCCGGUACCACCAUGGAGGUUUUCUGGUCCGGAUGGCCCGACUCCCACAAGGGCCCAGUCAUUGACUACCUUGCAUCUUGCAAGGGUGACUGCUCCACCGUCGACAAGACCGCUCUCGAAUUCUUCAAGAUCGACGAGAAGGGACUCGAGGCUGGAUCAUGGGCGUCCGACGAGCUGAUGAACAACAAUGCUUCAUGGGCAGUAACCAUCCCCGCCACCAUCGCCCCAGGAAACUACGUCCUCCGCCACGAAAUCAUCGCCCUCCACGGUGCCGGAUCCGCCAACGGCGCACAACUCUACCCCUUCUGCCUUAACCUUGAAGUCACCGGUGGCGGAAGCGAUGUCCCAGUCGGUACGCUCGGAACUGCUCUGUACAAGGAGACCGACCCAGGAAUCCUCGUCAACAUCUACACCAAUGAUCUCGAGUAUGUCAUUCCAGGCCCAGCUGUUUUCGGCGCUGGAUCAGGAUCCGGAUCUGGAAAUACGACUACGCCAGUUGCUACAUCUGCUGCCGCUCCAGUUGCGACUUCGACUGCUGUCCCCGUCUCUCCUCCAUUCCCGGCUGGUAACUCAACUGUGCCUGUUGCUACUGGUGUGGUUCUAUCUGCUGUGCCGACUACUUUGGCUACUGCUAUUGCUACUCCUGUUGCGACACCUGCUCCUGAGACUGAGGGAGAGGAUGAUUGCUAG